AUGGCUCUUGCUGGUCAAAUUGCUGAAAUAUGGAUUCUCUACGUGCUUGGCGUCCUCAUGAUAGCGGCGCGCAUCUUCUGCCGUACCAAGAUGGUUGGGUACAGAAACUACGAGUGGGAUGAUUAUCUGGUCAUAGGUGUUGCAUUCAUGUGGACAGCAGCGCCCGUCAUUGGCCACGUUUUUGUCCAAGUUGCUGAAGGACGACACACCUCGGACCUAACCUUUGAGGAGCGAAAGAAUAUGAGCGAAUCUGAGCGUAAAGAUUGGGCUUUUGGGUCUCAAAUCUUUCUUCUGGGCCUCACUGGAUAUUUUUUUAUCCUUUGGACGCUCAAGUUCAACAUGCUCUGCUUCUAUCACCGAGUCGUCCGUGACUUGUGGACCGAGAUAUUUAUCAAGCCACUGAUGGUGCUUGUGGCUUUGUCAGGAGUUGCAAUCAUUCUCACCCUUGCUCUUACAUGUCGUCCCUUUCAUCAUCUCUGGCAGGUUUGGCCUGAUCCAGGACGUCAAUGUGAACCACAGAACUUAGUCUUCUUUGUCGUCAUAUUAACUUUUAAUCUUGUGACGGAUAUUUGCGUCAUACUAGUCCCUCUCCCGGUGCUCAGGGGCAUUCAGAUCAACCGCUGGAAGAAAUUUGGGUUGUACUUCCUGUUCAGCCUAGGCUUCUUUUGCAUGUUUGCCGCGAUCCUUCGAUUCGUGCUCAUCUUUAAUCUCAACCAGCGCGGCGUCUCGGCACUAUGGUCGAUGCGUGAGGAUUGCGUCGGCAUCUUUGUUGGUCAGGCGCCUAUGGUGAUGCCGAUCUUCAAACGCCGCUUCUGGUCCCAAGGUAGCUACGCCACCUCCAGUGCCGGCUUCUACAACGGCCACACCCGGGAUUAUUACCACCAGAACCGAGACGAGGGCCAUGAGCUGGGAUUGAGGUCUGCCGUCGGGAGUGCCAAGCCACGUGUACCACGCUCAACGGAUAGACUGGGGUCGAGAUCGGAUAGCCAAGAGGAAAUCGUGAGGAAACCUAUGGAUUCUGAAACACCACCGGAGCAUCCAAAGUUCCAUAGUGGCAUUCUGGUGCAUCAGCGUAUUGAUAUUGAGGGGUUGGAGGGGACGUACAGGCAUACCGAUCCCCGUUGGUAG